AUGUCGUCCGGAAUUCGCGAUAAACUCUACCUACCAGUUGUCGGCACCCAGCUCGUGGGCAUGCUAAGUACACACCCCCAGCAAAAUCCAGCUAGGCAGGGUACAACCAACACCAAGCUAACAUCACCAGUCCUCGACCUCGUCCCCUUCUACCCCAAGUUCCUCUGGCAAAGUCCCUCGUCCCUUCUCCAUCCCCUGGUCUCCCUCCGCAAAUGGUGGACAAUCCAAUCCGGCGACCCUUAUUUUGCGUCCUGCACCCACGAGCCCUGGUUCGAAGCCUUUCUUUACGUCGAGCUGCUGGUGCAGCUCCCACUGACGGCGUAUCUUGCCUACAAGCUUGGCUCGAUGAAGCCCACCUCUGGCGCCACUGAAUUGGCCGCUUUGGCCUACGCGUGCGUGACGUUUAUGGGAGCCACGGCAUGUGCCUAUGAUAUCUGGCACAUGGGCGCGGACAAGGUCAGUGUCGAGCAUAAACCACGGCUGUUUUGGGGCACAUAUCUCCCCUUUGCGGUUAUUCCCGCGUUGAUGGCCGUGGACAUGUAUCUCAGGCUGCUGGCGAGGGUCCAAGAUUCGCGUCCAACCAAAAAGAUCUAA